UGUUAUCAGGCCCUUCUCCUCGAGCAGCAGCGGAGACUAGUGUAAGAGCCCGGGCGCACGAAGAAGAAUCCCUACCGAUCGAGCUUCGCUGACGAUGAUGGCGACGGAGUGGUGGUGGCCGUCCCUGCCGGCGUGGCUGGGGUCCCAGGCCGUGUGGUUCGUCGCGCUCAACGCCGUCGUCGCCGCUGUCGCCAUCCUGUCCUCCCGUGCGCGGUCGUCUCAGUCGUCGACGCCACGCCGCUGCGCCGGGGUGACGCGGAGGGCCUCCUCGGAGGUGCUGCAGAGCCUCCGCUCGUUCUCCAUCUUCUCCUUCCCGUCCGCUUGCUUGUCCUUCCUCCAGCCCGACGCCGCUGCAUUCGCCUACCAAGAAACAGAGGAGCCCGUGCGGUCACCCACCGAGCCGUCGCCGCGCGCGCUCACGCUCACGCCACCACCGCCCGUGCCGGCGGCAGACGAGGAGGGUGAGGACGAGGACGAGGAGGACCAGAACGUGAUGAGCAUGGACGAGGCCUACGCGCUGGUCCUGGCGUCACGGCAGCGGCCGGAGCGGGAGCAGGAGGAGGAGGCGAGGCGGUCGGAGGUGGAUGCUAAGGCGGAGGAGUUCAUCCGGGGGUUCAAGGAGGACCUGCGGCAGCAGCGGCUCAACUCCAUCUUCAACUACACCCAGAUGCUCAGGCAGCGUGGGCUCGCCGCCGGCCGCCGGCAGCAGAAUGCAGGACCAGAUCAGCUUUGAGACUCACUUUGACUCCCUCACGUGUUCAAAUGUUCAAUUCGUUAAGAAUUUGGUCAGCAUUUUGAAGGGGAUCAACUAUGUUUCGAGUUGUUGUUUGUUUGUACAUAAACUAGCAUAUGUAUAGUCUGCAGGUGAAGUACUAUCUUGUAGCUUGGACAGAACAAUUCUUUUAUUUGUUAUCUACGACAUUCGUUUGGUUUAUACGUAUCUUGUAGCUUUGGACAGAGCAUUUCUUCAAUUCUUUUGCUAUCUACUUCAGUGC